AUGUCUUCGUCAGUGACCACCACUUCGAUCACACAAUGGGUUGUCUUUCUCUCUUUGGAACUGCAGUACAGUUCAUAUCGAAAGCCUUUGAUAUUGUCGGCCACCAAAUGCCUCUCGACCUCCGACUUAAGCCAACCUCUUAACUCCCUUUCCAUCUUUGAAUCGCCGAAUAAGACAUUUCUUUUGAUUUCCUUUAACUUCGUGUCCGAAGAGAUGAUAAUUGGCUUCAAAUUGUCUUCUCGUUUCACUCGUAAUGAUCACCAAAUUGGUCACAAAUGCGAUGAAGACAUGAAUUGUCAAAACUCUAGCACAUUUGGUCCCAAAAUGGCAUUCAUUUUUGAUUCGGUGAAGGAGUUGUCUAUAGAAGACAGUGACAUGAUAUUUGACACUCAAUUUCAUCCGACAAAGCACCACAUCGUUGCCAUCAGCACCAUCGAGGGUCACGUGAAACUGAUUGAUUUGAACGGUGAGACAAAUAACGUGGUAAUGGAUCUGAAGCGUCACCACAAGGGAAGUCCUGUGAGGAAAGUGCGGUUCGCGAGCGACCAGAUGCUGGUGAGCGCCGCCAAGAGACAAGUGGUCAGAAAAAUAGAUAAUUGCGGGCAAAAGAUCUAUUCGCUACUCAUUGCAGACAACUAUCUGUUGUGUAUCGGCGACGACAACGGAGUCUUCAAAGGGUUUGACUACCGGACGGAUCGCGGCGUUUAUAUGGAGAUCAAAGAGUGUGACGAAUAUAUCAGUGAUUUAGACAUCAAUGAGUCGAAGCGGACAGUUGUGGCCGCGUCUGGAGACGGGACUCUCUCGGCCUUCAAUAUUAGGGCCAAACGUAUGGAACUGCAGUCCGAACUCUUCGACGCCGGCUUCCAAUCGAUUCGCUUUAUGGAAAGCAAAGGCAAGACAGCAGUCGGCGCUGAAGACGGCGCUCUCAACAUCUUCAAUGUGGACCAGUGGGGAAAUAUCAGCGACCGGUUCCCCAUUAGAGGUAACACCACACGAGGUCAGGGGAUGUGUAGUAUUGAUUGCAUAGAACUCUUGGACGAAGAGACUCUUGUGGUCGGAUCUUCUGAUGGUAAACUGCGUGCAGUCAGUGUUCAGCCAAAUAAAGUGAUCGCAGAGAUUGCUAACUGUGUGUCUGGUAUUGAAAGUCUUGAUGUGAACCAAAUAACCAAACAAAUCGCCGCAACAAAUGAUAACAUUUUGAGGAAAAUGGUAUUGUACGGUACAAAGAAUUUGAUAUAA